CAAAUGCUUUAGUGGCGUUAACGUGAAGGCUAUGAAAAAUCAUUCUUCCACAUUACAAAAGAGCAGCAACAACACGACUUCGUUUUCUUCCAUUCCAAACUUCCUUGCUGUCUGUUACAUUGUGUUUUGGUUUUCCUUGCAGUUGCAAAGUUUGAAGCUUUUUUACAUAACUCGUCACCCAGAUAAGUUUAUUUCUCUUCCCAAAUCCUGGGUUUUGUUUCACCUUUUCUGAAGUCUGUCUCUGAAAUAGAGUUUGUAUUCGCUCAAACAAAUAAUAAUUGAGAGAGAAGGAUGCGUCUGUGUUGAAUAUCUGUGUCACUUGAACCAUUGUGACAAGAGGACAACCCAGUCAAUUUUCAUUGGCACCACUUUGAGAUUUUGAACUUGUUCCGGUCAAAGAUUGCUUGAUUUUUGUUAUAUUGUCCACCAUUUCCUUGGGUUUUGGAUGAUGCCAUGUUAGUUAUAUCUGAAGGUCUUUCAUGUUAGAUUGCCUCUAUAUUUCUUUUCUUUUUGGAAUACCUUGUUAUUGGUUUUCUUGUGUUCUUGGUUUGACUGGAAUAAACUGAGUAGUGUGGUGUAAGAGUGGGAAAAUGGGAAAGAAAACGAAGCAAGUAGGAGAGACAAGGGAGGAUACUAAAAUGGGAGAUAGCAGUCCCAAAGCUUAUGACAAUGAUACUAUGGUGUUCAUAUCCAUGUCUCAAGAAUUGAAGAAUGAGGGAAACAAGCUGUUCCAAAAGAGGGAUCUAGAAGGAGCAAUGUUAAAAUAUGAGAAAGCCCUGAAGUUACUUCCGAGAAAUCAUAUUGAUGUGUCCUAUCUGAGGAGCAACAUGGCUGCAUGUUAUAUGCAGAUGGGGGUCAGUGAGUUUCCAAGGGCUAUUCAUGAAUGUGAUUUGGCUCUUGUAGUGACACCCAAAUAUAGCAAAGCACUGUUGAAGAGAGCAAGGUGCUAUGAAGCUUUAAAUAGGCUGGAUUUAGCUCUAAGAGAUGUCAGCACUGUUCUGAAGAUGGAACCAAAUAAUGCCAUGGCAUUAGAGAUCUCAGAAAAGGUGAAAAAUGCACUUGAAGAGAAAGGAUUGAGAGUUAACGAUACAAUAAUUGAGUUGCCUCCAAAUUAUGUUGAAACUCCAAGUGCCUUGACUCCAGAAAAGGUAGUGAAAGAGAAUAUGCGGAAGAAGGGCUAUGAGGAGGAAAAGAAGGCUCCGAAUGACAAAAUUCUAGAAAGGAAAACCGAGGAGAAGAAGAUCAACACAUCCAAGAAGAAGAAGGCCAAGGAAAAAAAUGAUGAGAAGAAGGCUGAUAUAAAGGAAGUUAUAGAGGAAAGAAGUAAUGGUAGAAGGGAACAUGUUCCUAACAAAACAGUUAAACUUAUUUUUGGUGAUGAUAUACGGUGUGCUGAACUUCCUAUCAAUUGUAGCCUCUUCCAGUUGAGAGAAGUUAUUCAAGAUCGAUUCUCGAGCCUAGGAGCUGUUCUUGUCAAAUACAGGGACCAAGAAGGUGAUUUAGUCACAAUCACUUCUGAUGAUGAAUUAAGAAGGGUUGAAACAGGAUCUCAUAGUUGUAUCAGACUGUACAUAGUAGAAGCCACUCCUGAGCAGGAUCCACUUUUUGAGAAAUUUAAAGUGAAGGAGGGGGAAGUUGUUGGUAUUAACAUUGCAGUUGAGAAUGGUUGUGUGGGAAAAGCAAAUGGAACUGUUAGCUCUUCUUGCAUUGAGGAUUGGAUAAUUCAGUUUGCCAAAUUGUUCAAGAACCAUGUUGGUUUUGAAUGUGACAGAUAUUUGGAUUUUCACGAACAUGGUAUGAAGCUCUAUUCCGAGGCUAUGGAGGAGACUGUUACAGGCGAAGAAGCACAAGGCCUAUUUGACAUGGCAGGAGAUAAGUUCCAAGAGAUGACUGCUCUUGCAUUGUUCAACUGGGGAAAUGUGCAUAUCUCUAAGGCAAGGAAAAAGGUGUAUAAAACAGAAGACUCUUCUAAAGAGCAUGUAUGCGAACUGAUCAAGAGUUCAUAUGAAUGGGCGCUGGAAGAAUAUUCAAAGGCAGGAGAAAAAUAUGAUGCAGCCAUUAAAAUUAAGUCAGAUUUUCAUGAAGGAUUUUUGGCUCUGGGGCUGCAGAAGUUUGAGCAAGCAAAACUUUUGUGGUAUCAUGCACUCAGUAGUAAUGUAGACUUAUUAACAUUGCCUUCCUCUGAGGUUCUCCAUCUUUACAACAAUGCUGAAGAAAAUAUGGAGAAAGGAAUGCAGAUAUGGGAAGAAUCUGAAAAGCAGAAGUUGAGUAAAAUGUCUGAUUCAAAUUAUUCUAUAUUGGAUUUGCAGAAGAUGGGGUUGGAUGGGGUUUUUCAAAGUAUGUCCUUAGAAGAACUUGCAGCACAAGAGGCACAUAUGAGGUCUCAAAUAAAUCUCCUAUGGGGUACCAUUCUGUAUGAACGCUCAAUUGUGGAGUUCAAAUCAGGGCUACCUGUGUGGCAUGAAACUCUUGCGGCUUCAGUUGAGAAAUUUGAACUUGCAGGAGCUUCUCCAACAGAUAUAGCUGUAAUUUUGAAGAACCACUGUUCAAACAAUACUGCAGUAGAUGGUCUUGCCUUCAAAAUUGAUGAAAUAGUACAGGCAUGGAAUGAGAUGUACAAAGCUAAAAUGUGGAAGAGUGGAGUUCCAUCAUUUCGUUUGGAACCCUUAUUCAGAAGGCGAGUUUCGAAAACUUAUCAUGCCUUUGAGCUUGCAUGAGUUGAAUAUGUUUCUUCAAGCACUUGAAGAGUGACACGGCCAACAGUCACCAUAGCUGCUUCUGUGCCUGAAAUGCUAUUGUCAUCAGAAGGUUAUUCAUACACAUUUUAAGAAUGUGGGUUCACCAAUAUACUAGAAAUAUUCUUUCAAUGGUGUUUACAUUUCCAAAAUCAAAAGGGUCUAGGAGUUUCUAUACACCUUGGGAAGAUGGCGUUGCAGGAAUUACCUUUUACUUAGUUUCUGCUUUUCCUCAUUUUCUUUGCCCCUCAAUCAGUUCAUAGAUUUGUAGGAUGUUAAAUUUGUACCAAAAGCAAGCAACGGGAGAUGCAUGUUUCUUUAUCUUCUGUUAUUUAUCGAGGUAGUCUCUUUCUGAAAGAGUUUUCCUCCUAGUGCGUUAAACUUACCCGUUGCUGUGCAUUUUCUAUUUAAAUAUGACAGAUACAUAUAUGUUUCUAAUUUCUUCAAGAGUAUGAUUUGAAUUCUAAUUGAUUAAAAAAAUAUUCAUUAAAUAUUAAUCUGAUUUUUCCCUCCCUCAAAGUAUGCUAUUCUUGUUAUUUUCAAAGAAUAUUCUGCAUUAUUAAAUCUCAAAUAUUUAAUUUUUCGCUAAAAGACUGGCAUCGAAUAACUGAUUUUGACAGGGUUAAGUUAACAACACGAGCAGAAUUCUAUUUUCACUCAGCUGUAAUUCCAACAUUGCUAUGCCCGCGGCCUGAGACAUGGCAUGACAAUGAAAAACAGUAAUAUGAAUUAUAAAACAUGGAAUGCAUCCCACAAAUAUCAGAUAUAAACAUUAGUCAGUAACUAAAAGCCAGUCACAAUUCAUUACUUUACGAUACAGUAAUGAGCAUCAUCACUCUGGUCCAAACAUCCACAUACAUGAGAAUAUGCACAGACAAUAUAGAUAGCCCCAUCAGGCAUCUAAAUUCAGGAGAGAAAGGGGGAAAGAAA